CUAACUGUCAUUGUCAAGAUGUUGUGUCAUAGAUGCUAAAUGUCAUUGGUGUCUUGUAUUUUGCAUAGAUUUUUCAGUUUUCUAAAAUAAAGAAACGUAUAAAAAAUGGCUUAUUUAACUCAGCCAGACUACGUAAAGUAUAUAUGUUCCUGCGGACAACUAAAACCUAUUACUAGUUUAUAUUUCUGUCGGCAUUGCUUAAAAAUACGUUGCGGUUUCUGCAUUUGUCAUGAGGUGGACUCACACUACUGUGCCAACUGUUUGGAGAACAUGCCUUCAUCAGAGGCUCGGCUCAAGAAAAACAGAUGUAGCAGUUGUUUUGACUGUCCCAGCUGCUUCCAUACAUUAUCCACACGAGCUACGAUGGCUCAGCCUCGGCAGGUCCUGCAGGACCCAGCAGCGGGUGGAGACACUAAAGUGGAAAGCAAACAGCCCAAGAAGAUGUACUACUUGUCAUGCUUCAAUUGCAGGUGGACUUCCAGGGAUGUUGGGAUACCAGAUCAGCCUGUUGCGUCAGGUGGUUGGCCGGAGCGUACGAACCCGCACGCGGCGCGCGUCAACCAGCUACUGGAGUACUAUAAGGCCAUUGCACUGCAGGAGAAACAAGAGAAGAUUGAAAGAGAGAGGAAGAAGUUCAACAUCCGAGGGAAAUAUAUUACUCUCACUGACAAGACAGGUUUAACGGGCGCGAUGGCACGCAACAUAGCUGGCCUGCCGUCUAGUGAGAGUUCGUCUUCAGCCAUCGCGAGCUUCGUGCCCAGUCAGGCGAAGGCAGAGGUUGAAGAGUUACCUGAAGACAUUUACACCAAGGAGGUCAACCUGAAUCAGAUAACGAGUAUGGCCCAGCGCCUAGCGUCCCCGGAGUGGCAGCCUACAUGCGUGUCCCGGCUGCACCCGCUGGCCAAACUGCUCAGCGUCAAGCGCAGUCAGCGCUGCCGGGCCUGUGACCAUAACCUCACCAAGCCAGAGUAUAAUCCUGGAUCCAUCAAGUUCAAGAUCGAACUGCUAGCAUACUAUCACGUACCAGAAGUGAAGAUAAUUUCCCACGAGCCCGUGAAACCAGGCGCGAAGUCAGCCCUGCUUCUGAAGCUGACCAACCCGACGGGACAUGAGAUGCAGCUGCGACUGCUGCAGCCUGAAGAUAUCCCACCUCCCGAGGAGAAGGAGGAACCUAAGAGUAUCGAGAAGUCGCUCGAACGAUCACUUAACUUGGAAAAGGACACGAUCCCUCUGAAGCCGAUAGAGGUGAUAUCGGAGAACCCCGCGACGUGCCGCGUGACCGCGCCCGACGUCACGCUAACGUUGGCGCAGCGAGACGACGCCGCCGAGUACGACGACGAUGCUCAACAUGAUACUAACGACAUAAUAAUGUGGCGUAAAUCGAACAAGUUAGCACUUCGGUUGGAGGUAGUAACUGACGAAGCUGUAGAGGGCGGAGCGCCCGCCAUGGCUAAGGUGGCGCUGCAGUACUCGUACCGCAACACCGUGCCGCCCGCCGCCGCCGCUGCGCAGCCCCGGGACCAUACAUUAUACACCACCGUCUUACUGGACCUGGGUACCGUCAGCUCCAACUAGUACACAGAUCUCAUCUAUCAAACCAGCAACCCUAACACUUUGGGAGAAAUGGAAUUUUUUUCUGGUCAUUUUGAUUCGAUUAUCAUUUAAAAGUUGUCUUGGGGAGCUGUUUUAUUUUACAGUCUAUAAGCUCUCUUAUUGACUAACAGAAUUAACAUUAUUUAUAAAUUAUUAUUUAUAUCAAAUAGCUAGCAAAUGCUAACUAUACCUUUUAUCCUUUUAAUUCUGAAUAGUUCAAACAGAAGACCAGCAAAACUAUUUGAAAGUGGAUAUACUUUUCCAUGUAUUGGGAAGACUAGAAUAAUUCAGUUAAUAAUUUUGUUUCUAAUUGGAUUAGAGAAAAAUGUAUUAACUAAGAAGCAAUGAUUAUAGAUUGACAAUGCUUCUGUGAGAAACUAAAAAAGAAAGACUAAAAAUAUGCACGAUUUAUAUUAACAAGUUUGAUGCCCAUCUAAGACCUAAAUCGAGAACUGAUGUAGGCAUUUUAUCUUUUGAAAAAUAAUAAAGCAUAAUAUUAUUUUAAGUUAUGUAAAAAUGCUGAGAUGUUGCUUAUUCAAACAUUCGUGACUUUCUAGUCACGCAUAGUAAAGAAUAUUCUUU